AUAAACCGCACACCUCAUUUUCUCAUCAGGCGCUCUCCGCAGCAGCUUUGCCUUUUUACUUGAAAGCUCUCUGCAAAAGCCAAAUUGCAAGGCCUUUCCCUUCGGCCUUCCUCUCUCUCCUCGCCAUUUUUAGUUACAGUUCGCUUCAAGCUUCAAUUUUCUCUUCUGGGUAACCUAGUUUUCAGCUUAUUUAGGCGAAUGGACGGCGGAUUCGAGCCCCAGGUCUCCAUUGACGACGACCGUUCUUACCAGAAAGUCAACUCUCUCACCGAGAUGGUAUCUGGGAAUUUCGGGUGCGCGCAUUACAGACGGAGGUGUAAGAUCAGAGCACCCUGCUGUGAUCAGAUAUUCGAUUGCAGGCAUUGCCAUAACGAAGCUAAGAAUUCAUUGGAAGUUGCUCCUCUUGAUCGCCAUGACGUUCCUCGGCACGAUGUGAAAAGGAUCAUCUGCUCCUUGUGCAACAAAGAACAAGAUGUUCAACAGCUCUGUAUCCAAUGUGGGGUUUGCAUGGGAAACUAUUUUUGCUCCAAAUGCAAGUUCUUUGAUGAUGACGUUUCGAAGAAACAGUAUCAUUGUGACGAAUGCGGUAUCUGCAGAACUGGAGGUGGGGAGAAUUUUUUCCACUGUAACAAAUGUGGAUGUUGUUACUCAAACGCGUUGAAGGAUUCACAUAAUUGUGUGGAAAAAGCUAUGCAUCAUAAUUGCCCUGUGUGCUUUGAGUUUCUUUUCGAUACAAGGGAAGACAUUGCUGUCUUGCGGUGUGGACACACUAUACAUUUGGAAUGUGUAAAAGAGAUGCAGCGGCAUUUCCAGUACUCGUGCCCAGUUUGCUCAAAAUCAUUCCGUGAUAUGUCCCAUGUGUGGGAAAAACUUGAUGAGGAGGUUGCGGGGACUCCCAUGCCUCUAAAGUAUCUAAAUAAGAUGGUUUGGAUCCUCUGCAACGACUGCGGAGAAAUGUCUGAGGUCAAUUUCCACAUUUUGGGGCACAAGUGCCCCAUGUGCAAAUCCUUCAAUACAAGGAAAACACGAGGAGGGCCAGCAUCAUGCUCGUCAAGGAUUACUGCAAUGAUGAGGUACCAAAAUGUGAAUUUGCAAGAGUAGGGAAAAUUUUUCAGGGCCGAUGAAGUGGCUGUACCUGUUUGUUUAUGGUCCAAGUAACUCCUUCGGUGCAAGGAGGGGUUGUGAACGAUCCCAUGUAUCUGUAAAAUUUUGAGCUCAUCCUCUUCAUCAUCCUCCUUGCCGCAUCCUGCUUCCCCUUCUGAGCCUUUUUCAUCUUCCUCGGAUCGACCACUCCCAGGUGGACCUCCGUUGGCUUUUGAAUCAUAGACCGUAUCGCCUUUCGCACCUGAAAACGGAAUGAUGGAAGUUUUUACCUGUGUGAUGAAAGGAUUGGGUUUGCCAAUUUUGUAGAGGAAUCCAACCACAGCUACACGAGUGUUGCUGGUGUCUUUGUGAA